UAGUGACGUCACAUCAGGAGGGAGCGACGGCACUGUGUACAUAGAAAAAAUUAAGAUGUUCUCUGUGUUGCUGAUUUCCAUUAUUAAAGAGCUGAUAUGUUGUUGCUAUAGUCUUUUUUUUUCUUUGCACAUUUUGUUUGUUGGCCAUUAUAUUUUCUUCAUACAGCACUCAUGACACUAUGAAGAGAUAUUGUGUUAAUGUAGACACAGAGUGCAUCUUCAAUAUUGUGUUUUGUUGUGCAGAAACUUGCUAUCAGUCACUGACAGUAACAAAGCUGAAAGAACAUGGAAACAAAUGACAAGUAAAAAAAAAAAUGCAAAUGCUGAGGUGGAUUUUUCCUGUGAAGCCAUUAUGGAAAUACAAUAUACGUACAGACUCUCUAGCACAUUCAAAUUAACACACUUCCAAAGAAUUACAGCAACAUAAAACAGAGAAAAGAUGUGGACAUCUUUGAUUUUUUUUUUUAAGAGUGAAAUAAACAAAUGAUGUGAUGUACUGAAUGAGAGCAGAUAUAAUCAUCACUUUGUUUAAAGACGGACAGAAACAUCAGACUCAGGACAGAAACACACGACCUCUAAAAAAUGGACCAAACUCUCUAUUUCAUUCUUCUUCUCAUUGCUCUCUGCUCCGUAUCUGAAUGUGUUCAGCGUCAGUAUCACUUUAUAAACGUGAGGAAGACCUGGACUGAAGCUCAGAGAUACUGCAGAGAGAAUUACACAGAUCUGGCCACCGUUGACAACAUGAACGACAUGAACGAGCUGAAGAAGAGUGUGAAUGAUGGAGGUGUCUGGAUUGGGCUGCAGAGGACGGGUGUUGAUAAAUGGCAGUGGUCUUCAGGUGAUUCUGCGCUCUAUUUGAACUGGAGACCUGGAGAACCUGAAGGCAGAGAUGAGUGUGCUAUGAUGAGAAAUGGACAAUGGCAUGAUUAUCCAUGCAAUAACAGCCUGACUUUCAUCUGCAUUUCAUCUAACAACACGAACAGAGGACUCGUCUUUAUCAAUCAAACGAAGAAUUGGAGAGACGCUCAGAGUUACUGCAGACAGAAUCACAUUGAUCUGGUCAGUGUGAGGAACCAGAAUGAGAAUCAACAGCUUCAGAAGUUCAUCAAUGAUAGUCAUAUAUCUGGUGAUGUCUGGAUCGGUCUGUUCAGAGACUCAUGGCAGUGGUCAGAUCAGAGUAACUCCUCAUUCAGAUACUGGAAUUCUGGUCAACCUAAUAAUUUGGGAGGUAAUCAAAACUGUGCAAUACUCUAUCCGAACACACAGGAAAAAUGGCAUGACUACUAUUGCAACUACCAAUAUCCUUUUGUGUGUCAUGAAGAUAAACUGAUCCUGAUCAAAGAGAAUCUGACGUGGCCUGAAGCUCUGAGAUACUGCAGACAGAAUCAUAUGGAUCUGGUCUCGGUUCAUUCAGAAGAGAUGCAGCGUCGUGUGAUGAAUGUGGUUAAACAGGCGUCUACUGAGGCGGUGUGGUUGGGUUUACACAACUGCUGCAGCCUGAACAUGUGGAUCUGGGUCAGCGGAGACAUCGUGUACUAUCAGAACUGGGCUCCAUGGAACGGAACGACACCGGAAGAGUGCCGCCUCGAGAAGAGAAAAGGAGCAGUUCAGUCUGGAGGAGAUCAGCGCUGGAUCAGCCUUCCUGAAACUCGCAAACUCAACUUCAUCUGCAGCAGAAAUGAUGAGUGAAUGUUUGUGUGUUUACUUACAUUCACUGUUUUCAUACUUCAUUAUUUCUCUUAUUUACUUGUAUUUGUUUUAGUAAGUUCUGAGUGAAUCUGCUAACUGCUAAAUUUGAAUCAUCAUGGCAUAAUGUAAUCUUUUUAAAAUGUUUUAACAUUAAUGUUUCAUAUUCAUUCCCCCGGUUUCACAGACAAGGCUUAAGCUAGUCCUUGACUAAAAUGCAUGUUUGAGCUGUUUAACUGAAAGCAACUUGUACUGGCAUAUCUCAAAAUAUGUCAGUGUCAUCGUUUUGACUCAAGAUGAACACCAGUAAUGUUGUUUCUAGUGAACGUUUAUAAAAGCUACUUAAAUGCCCUAAAUAAACUAAGGUCUAAUCCUGGCUUAGGCUAGGUCCUGUCUGUGAAACCAGGCCUUAAGAUGUUAAGUGUGUUUUAUAAAUCUCUUUGUAUAUCUGGUGUGGUUACAUCUCUUUAUGUUUUCACUAACAAUAACUGGUUGAAUGUGAAUCUGUGAGCAGCAGCUCUUCAGAAUAAUAUUGUUUGUGUCUCAGAAUGAAAUCUGGUUUAUUCUUAGAAAAGCUGAAGUGAAGGUUGGGUAUAAAAUAUCUUGUGUUUGAUCAAAACCAUCAGAUAAACAUGUGAAACAGAACAUCAGCUCAAAUAAACUCAUCUACAGUCAGUAUUCUCGCCUCUGAUUAUUUCCUGAUUAUCAAUGUCACAAUGACCGCUCAAAUGACAGAUAUGCAAAACUUGAAUUUGACUUGAUCACACACAGUUUUCUUUUCAAUUGUAAUGAGGGGUCGGCAGAGCGGGGAUCCAUUUGCAGCUUUAUUUAGAAUAAACACCAAGGCAGACAGGGGCAAAGGCAAGAACAUAAACAGGGACAGGCAAUGGUCGAGGCAGGCGGCAGACAAACAGUGUCGGGUCACAGGCAGUGAUCAGGGCAGGCGGCAAACAAACACAGUCCAGUACACAGGCAAGGUUCAGGGCAGGCAGCAGAGAAUCACAACGAAUAAACAGUCCAACGGAAACAGAGUAAACAGUCCACAAGAAAACGCUCAGAGAUGAUCACCGGGGCAAAUCAAGACUUCGCAAUGAGGUGGUGUGUGUGUAAGUCCUUUAUAGUCCAGGUAGUGUGCUAAGCUGUAUGUGGCAACAGGUGAUUAUUGUGGAGUGUGCAUGUGAUUGGCAGGGAGGAUAAUGGGAAAUGGAGUCCAGGAACUGACAGGAACAGACGGUGAUCGUGACAUCAAUGAUUCCUGAUUUGAUUUCUUCUGUUUUCCUCUCGUCGGCUGGUUGAUUAAUUUCAGAGAGCUCUGUCGAAUCUUGAACAAUA